CCACUCUCUCAAGUCCAGGAUCUGUCCAAAUAGACCAGAACUUAGCUUAUUAUCUAGCGCACAGACGCAUAUACACGCUACAUCCGUUCCCAAUUCAUCUAAAGAAAUACUCUGCCUUCGAGACUUCAUGUUUAUAUAUAGUACUUUUUUAAAUCAAACCAGUGUUACAGGGAUGGCAGCAUCAUCCGCAUGUCUUGUGGGUAAUGGUUUAUCUACACACAGUGGAAAACAAAGUUUGAGCAAGGACUUCUAUAGGAGGUUUCUUUUGCCUCCUACAAACCUUCGAACCUUUGAUAAGGCAAAGAAAUCAGUUUUUGUUAAGGCAUCUUUGGGCCAAAAUGAAGAGAGAAGAGACUUUUUAAAGUUGUUGCUUGGAAAUGUUGGAGUCAGCGUGCCUACUUUAUUGGGGAGUGGGAAUGCUAAGGCUGAUGACCAAGGGGUUUCUUCCUCCAGGAUGUCUUAUUCUAGGUUUCUGGAGUAUUUGGACAAUGACAGGGUUAAAAAGGUAGAUUUGUUUGAGAAUGGAACCAUAGCUAUUGUUGAGGCUGUUUCUCCUGAACUUGGUAACCGGGUGCAACGAGUUCGUGUGCAACUUCCAGGACUCAGCCAAGAACUCCUUCAGAAGUUCAGGGAAAAGAACAUUGACUUUGCAGCACAUAAUGCUCAAGAAGACUCAGGUUCUCUAUUAUUCAACUUGCUUGGGAAUCUGGCUUUCCCUCUAAUCUUAAUUGGGGGAUUGUUUUUACUCUCAAGGCGUUCAUCUGGAGGCAUGGGUGGUCCUGGGGGACCUGGGUUCCCCCUUUCCUUUGGUCAAUCUAAAGCAAAGUUCCAAAUGGAACCAAAUACUGGUGUGACGUUCGAUGAUGUUGCUGGUGUAGAUGAAGCUAAGCAGGAUUUCAUGGAAGUGGUGGAGUUUCUGAAAAAGCCUGAGAGGUUUACUGCAAUUGGGGCUCGCAUUCCAAAAGGGGUUCUUCUUAUUGGUCCUCCUGGAACUGGGAAGACUUUGCUAGCCAAGGCGAUUGCUGGUGAAGCUGGUGUUCCAUUUUUCUCCAUCUCAGGUUCAGAGUUUGUUGAGAUGUUUGUUGGUGUCGGUGCCUCCCGAGUUCGUGAUCUUUUCAAAAAGGCCAAGGAGAAUGCUCCUUGCAUCGUAUUUGUUGAUGAAAUUGAUGCUGUUGGACGACAAAGAGGAACUGGAAUUGGUGGAGGGAAUGAUGAAAGAGAACAAACUCUUAACCAGCUUUUGACGGAAAUGGAUGGUUUCGAAGGUAAUACUGGUAUCAUUGUGGUUGCAGCAACUAACAGGGCGGACAUUCUUGACUCUGCGUUACUUAGGCCUGGACGGUUUGACAGACAGGUAACUGUUGAUGUUCCGGAUAUACGUGGAAGAACAGAGAUCUUAAAGGUUCAUGGUAGCAACAAAAAGUUUGAUUCAGAUGUUUCUCUUGACGUUAUAGCCAUGAGAACGCCUGGUUUUAGUGGAGCAGAUCUUGCAAACCUCUUAAAUGAGGCAGCUAUAUUGGCUGGUAGGCGUGGGAAGACCGCAAUUUCGUCAAAAGAGAUCGAUGAUUCAAUUGAUAGGAUUGUAGCUGGAAUGGAAGGAACAGUAAUGACAGAUGGGAAAAGCAAAAGUCUGGUGGCAUAUCAUGAAGUCGGGCAUGCCAUUUGUGGGACUUUGACUCCAGGGCACGAUCCUGUUCAAAAGGUGACCCUAGUUCCACGUGGUCAAGCACGGGGUCUUACCUGGUUUAUUCCAUCAGAUGACCCUACCCUGAUCUCCAAGCAGCAGCUGUUUGCACGAAUUGUUGGUGGACUUGGUGGCAGAGCUGCAGAAGAAGUGAUCUUUGGUGAGCCAGAGGUGACAACAGGUGCAGCUGGUGAUUUGCAGCAGAUUACUGGUUUGGCCAAACAGAUGGUAACCACAUUUGGAAUGUCCGAAAUUGGCCCAUGGUCGCUUAUGGACGCAGCUCAGAGUGGUGAUGUUAUCAUGAGAAUGAUGGCCAGGAACUCAAUGUCCGAAAAGCUUGCUGAAGACAUUGAUGCUGCCAUAAAGAGGAUAUCAGACAAAGCGUAUGAAAUUGCAUUGAGCCACAUAAAGAACAACCGUGAGGCCAUUGACAAGAUAGUGGAAGUCCUCCUUGAGAAGGAAACAAUGAGUGGAGAUGAAUUCCGGGCAAUUCUCUCGGAGUUUGUCGAAAUCCCAGCCGAAAAUCGUGUCCCUUCAUCGUCACCCUCACCAGUAACUGUUUAAAUUGCAUGAUCAUACCAAUUGUCAAUUACUCUUAAUCAUACGCCUUGUAGUGGUUACAUGUAUUAUAUUAUAAUCGAAGUCGAAAGAAUAGUUCAAGUUA